AUGCGUAUGUUGCUGACGCUAGUCGUUCUGACACCUGAGGUUAUAACUUCGGCACUAGCUAAGGUGUGUCUUGAUUGGUAUGGACGUGAGAGGACUUGUGCUGAUAUUACUGGGGAGCUAAGUGAUGAGCAUAGUAUUACUAUAUCGGAUGGGACUAUCUGGAGAGUCUUAAAGAACGCGGGUUUACGAAAGACGAAACCGACUCGAAAACCUGGUUUGACAGCGAAGAUGCGUGCUAAUCGAUUAGCUUGGUGUUUUAAGCAUCGAGAUUGGUCACUUAAAGACUGGAAGAAUGUUAUCUGGACUGAUGAAACUUCUGUUAUUCUACUUCAUCGUCGCGGGGGUUAUCGAAUAUGGCGUACAAAGGAGGAACGUUUACUCCGAAGCUAUAUUUAUGAGCGCUAG